AGAAGAGUGGUCACGUCAUAAUUUGGUAGAGUAGAAAGUCUAUAUAAUUUGGGUGAGAAUUGAAGUUUACAAUUCACACUCACUUACAAGUUGCAAGUAGGAAGAGAGAAAGAGAGAUAAAAUAUGGGUUUGGAAGAAGAGAAAGGUAAUAAGAGUGAAGAAGAUGGAUACACACAAGAUGGAACAGUGAAUCUAAAGGGCCAUCCAAUUUUAAGGUCCAAAACCGGUGGAUGGACUGCCUGUUUCUUUGUUGUCGUGUAUGAAGUAUUUGAGCGGAUGGCGUACUAUGGGAUAUCCUCGAAUCUGUUUAUUUAUUUGACCAAAAAACUGCAUGAAGGCACAGUUGAGUCGGCCAAUAAUGUGACGAAUUGGGUAGGGACUGUUUGGAUGACUCCUGUUUUGGGAGCUUAUGUUGCCGAUGCCGUUUUGGGACGAUAUUGGACUUUCCUCCUUGCAUCAGCUAUCUAUCUUUCGGGAAUGUGUCUUCUAACUCUGUCCGUGUCAAUACACCCUCUAAAACCACCUUCAUGCUCGGACCCAAGUGGGGCCCACUGCGAGAAGCCCACCACACUCCAACUAGCCGUGUUCUUCGGCGCACUCUACACGUUGGCACUGGGCACGGGCGGCACAAAGCCCAACAUCUCAACUAUCGGCGCUGACCAGUUUGACGAGUUCGAGCCGAGCGAGAAAGCCCACAAGCUCUCCUUCUUCAACUGGUGGAUGUUCAGCAUCUUCUUCGGCACCCUCUUCGCAAACACGGUCCUCGUCUACAUACAAGACAACGUUGGCUGGACGCUCGGUUACGGCCUCCCGGCCAUCGGCCUCGCCAUUUCGAUCGCCAUAUUCUUGUCCGGCACCCCAUUCUACAGGCACAAGGUCCCCACGGGCAGCCCUUUCACCAAGAUGGCGAAAGUCAUCGUGGCCGCCCUCCGAAAAUCGAGCGCGCCCGUCCCCGACGACCCCAAAAACCUCCACGAGCUCGAUCCCGAGUUUUACGAGCAGAAAGGGAAAUACCGAAUCGAAUCCACGAACACGCUGAAGUUCCUCAACAAAGCGUGCGUGCGCACGGGCCCCACCGACCCGUGGACGCUCUGCCCCGUCACUCAAGUCGAGGAGACGAAGCAGAUGCUCCGCAUGAUCCCUGUUUUGAUCGUGACUUUCGUCCCGAGCACGAUGGUGGCCCAAAUCGGUACCCUGUUCGUGAAGCAGGGUACCACCCUCAGGCGCGACAUCGGCGGGGGGUUCAGUAUACCCCCCGCCAGCCUGUCGGCCUUCGUCACAAUAUCGAUGCUCGUGUGCGUAGUCCUAUACGAUCGCUACUUAGUGACGAUCUUUCGAAAAUGGACGAAAAACCCGAGAGGCAUCACAUUACUGCAGAGGAUGGGGAUCGGAAUGAGCUUCCACAUCGUCAUCAUGACGGUCGCGUCGUUAACCGAGAGGUUUCGACUCGGGGCCGCGAGGUCUAACGGGUUAGUCGAGAGCGGAGGUCAAGUGCCGCUCUCGAUUUUUAUUUUGUUGCCGCAGUUUGUGUUGAUGGGGGCGGCGGAUGCGUUUUUGGAAGUGGCGAAGAUCGAGUUCUUUUACGAUCAGGCGCCGGAGAGUAUGAAGAGUUUGGGGACGGCGUACUCUAUGGUUACGCUUGGGGCCGGGAAUUUUAUUAGUAGCUUUUUGCUUUCGACGGUGUCGAGGAUUACGAGAGGGGAGGGUGGUGGUGAUGAAGGGUGGAUAAGGAAUAAUCUUAAUGCGUCGCACUUGGAUUAUUACUACGCGUUCUUUGCGGUGCUCAACUUGUUGAAUUUUAUGCUGUUUUUGGUGGUGGUGAGGUUUUAUGUUUAUAAGGCGGAGGUUUCAGAUUCGAUGAGGGUUCUUAGGGAGGAGUUGGAAGCUUCUAGAGGAACAACGGCGGCCUAGCUGGUGAUUGUAGGGAACGUACGUGUGCCAGGGUGUAUGGUUAUUCUACUUGAAACAAUGGGACUGAUUUGCAUUUUUACGUCGUGUAAGAAAAGAAAAGAAAAGAAAAGAUAUGUUACAGAAUGUAAUCUGCAGAUAUAUAAAUACUCAUUAAUUCAGUUGACAAUGAAAAUUGAACACUUGGCAGCAAAUGCUUUCGGAGACUAUUAUUGAUCACAAACAGGUAACUGACUUAAGAGCCAAGAUGGAAGUAUAAGACCAAAUUGUAAUAUUAUCCUUUAUGAACAAGAUGUUGUCUUUUCAUGUAGCUUAUGCUAUAGUUUUGCAUUUCUCUUUCUAAACAUGAGAAAGUGUAGUUUGGGGAUUAGAAAUCAUUUCAUAUGAAUCUGUUUUUCUAAACAUGAGAAAGUGUAGCAGGUACUCCAGCGGCGGCCAGAUGCCAUUUCUGUACAGCUAAUUCUUCUGAGCCAAUUCUUCAUGCCUCAUGCGCUUGGGUAUUUGUUGUUGUGCCAUUGACAUUUUGAUCUUCUAGCAUAUGUACACAAAACAAAUGAUUAAGCAUGUCAACCAAAAAUCUAAGACUGCUAUGAGUAAAAGUCACAUCGCG